CAGUGCUUUGACAGAAAUCAGUCAGUCAUGUUUUGAUGGAAAUGAAUUACGGAAAGCAGCAAAUUCGUGUCUUCGAAAUUGAGUGCGUAAAAUUUUGUUGGGAAACAUCCGUCGAUGAAAGUACAUUUUUGUAGUUUGCAUACUGAUAACACCGUGUGCGGGUAGUAUCAAGUGACCGCAAUUGCUCUCGGUUGGAUGAGAACCGAAUGUUACUCUUUAGCUGCCUGAAAAUUGAAGGAAAAUUUUUUGUUUUUGUAUCGUCGAAAAUUGAUUUCGACUUACCCAGGUAGCUUGUGUCGUGUGUUCUCGUGAUCUACAGUUUGUUAUGAUAUUUAGAAAGAUGUUUUUAAGCUAGUGCGAGAAAGUGCAGUUUUAAAAUCAAGUAGCAUCGUAUUACGUGUAAUGGUGGCCAGUGAAAUACAGUAGUUUGGUACAUCAUCAGCUGCAACGAAGUGUGAAGAAUUAGGAGGUGCGCGGAUUAAAUGCGUCUGUCCCACCACCAGUGAUUGGAAAGGAUUUCGUUUUACCGAAAGGAAUACCAGUGCUUAGUUCCCCGAAGGAAUUCGGGAUUGUCUUCGCGUCAGCGUUACGAUUGGAGUUUGGCCAUUUGGGAGGUGCAUUAGCCAGAAGCUGUCCCUUUUCGAGCGGCUAACCAGCAGUAGCAAAGUGACGAAAUCAAUUAUCGACAUCGGGGUGUUUGUGGAAUGUGAAUUUAUUUUCGUGUGUAUUGUGAAUGUUUAUUGAAAACGGCCCUGCUGUCACUAAUUACAGCCGUGGCGAGCGUGAAUCUGUAUACUUUCAAGGAUGUCGUAAUACCGUGCACCAUAGCAGUGUGUGAUUGGCGGUAUUUAGUGGCAGUGUUUAGUGGAAAACUUUUUGUUGUUUUGUUUUGAAUCUUUUGACCUUGCGACAGAGUGUCUGCCGGAUUUUGUCCUAAAACCCCUGGAACGUUUGGACGAGUUGGAUUAACUAUUUUUGGAGCAUUGCUGGAGGAUCAAAUUAAAGUCGAGCCAAAAUGACCCGAGCGACGGCGACAACAAAACCCAAACCAGAAAAAGAGAAACGCAGGAACAAUGAAAAGCGCAAGGAAAAAUCGCGCGACGCUGCCCGCUGUCGCAGAUCGCGCGAGACCGAGAUCUUCCAGGACCUGGCGGGUUUGCUUCCGAUGCGCCAGGAAGAUGUCGAUCAUCUCGACAAGGCAUCGGUAAUGCGUUUGUCCAUCGCUUAUCUGCGGGUUCGUGAGAUGCUCGAACUGUUUCCAAACAGUAACGGGCAGAAAUGUGAGGACAACAGCGAGAAAGACGAUGCAAACAAUUCGGCCGAGGAUGAUGCGAAAGAUGGCGCGGAUGAUGUUAAGGAAACCAAACUAGCAUUGGAAGAGUUGGUUAUCGAAAGUGAAAAAAUCGCUCUUCAAACAUUGGAUGGUUUUUUGCUCGUUCUUUCGGCCGAUGGUGAUGUGACCUAUGUUUCCGAGAAUGUAACCGAAUACUUGGGCAUUUCACAGAUUGAUGUUAUGGGACAACCGAUCUGGGAUUACAGUCACCAGUGCGAUCACGAGGAACUCCGCGAAGCGCUGAACGGCCGUCACAGUGCGGCCGAGAUUAACAAGGGUGUAUCCAACGGGGACUGCGCUCCGCAGCAGAGUCGUGAUUUCUUCCUACGCCUGAAAUGCACCCUGACCAGCCGUGGAAGGAGCGUCAACAUCAAGAGUGCUUCGUACAAAGUGAUUCACAUAACGGGACAUAUCGCGUGCAAGGAAAACGGCCAACGUCAGCUGGUGGCCGUGGCAAGACCGUUACCGCAUCCUUCCAACAUCGAGAUUCCGUUGGAUUCGGGCACAUUUUUGAGCAAACAUACUUUGGAUAUGAAGUUUAGUUAUGUGGAUGAUAAAAUGCAUUCCCUGUUGGGAUAUAGUCCUUCUGAUUUGAUGGGAAAACUAUUGUACGAGUGUCAUCAUGGCAUCGAUUCGGAGCAUUUGAUGGGAACCUUUAAAAACGUGAUCAGCAAAGGCCAAAGCGAAACGGCCCGGUACCGGUUCCUGGCCAGUACCGGCGGUUACGCCUGGGUCGUGACGCAGGCGACGCUUAUCUACGAUAAGCAAAAGCCUCACAGCAUCGUUUGCGUCAACCACGUAAUCAGUGGUGUGGAGAAUAAAGAUGAGAUUUACUCGUGUGCUCAACUGGAAGCACGUCAACAGAAGUCAACCGCAGAAUCGCCAGUUGCUUUGCAACCAGUUGUUGACGAAGUGACCAAGAACAACACCGUGAAGACCAGUGAUAGAGUGCUCAAACAGAUUAUCAAUCACAGCAAUACUGAAAAUCAAAUCGAAACCGAACCGUCUGCAUUGCUUCCAUCUACAGCAGCGGAGAAGAAACCAUUAUCAUCGGCGGUAGAAGUGAUCAAAGUACUCGGAACUGCUGCCAACAAUAGUGGUGAGAUCGUUCGAAAAGUUACUGCAGCAGCCGGUAGUGUACCGCGUCCAGUUUCCGUAACGGCAUCCAUUUUCAACUCGGUACCGAAAAAGGAAGUGCCAGCAAACGCUGCUGCCGUACGUAAGGUACCGCUCUCGGUGACAGCGAAACUGUUUGUAACCCUCAGUCCGUCAGCAUCAUCCGGUUCCGGAACUGCUGUUCCAACAACAACAACAACAAAUCCAACUACUACUACUACCAAUACUACAGUCGGCAACGGCAACAAACCGAAAUACGCUACCGACAAAAUCUUCGCCCCACGCACGCAGGAUAUGAACAAAGGUUUCUUGAUGUUCUCGGAGGAGGAACCAGGAUUGACAAUGCUAAAAGAUGAACCGGAUGAUCUAACCCAUCUGGCACCGACGGCAGGCGACGCCUGUAUCCCAUUGGAAGAAACUGGUCCCUUCUUCAAUGACAUAUUCGACGAUUUCAUGAUUCCGGACAGCUACCGAUCGCUGCUCCAGGAGGAACUGAACUCUCUGGACAGUAGCGAGCACCGGCUCGGCUCGUCCAGCAGUAUAUCGGUUCCGUCGGCGGUUUCGCCAAUCACACUCAAUGGCACUACCAUCACGAUGGUAAGCCAUCACAACAGUAAUAACAGUAAUACCACCAGUAGUCCGUUGUCGUCACAUUCGUCGAUUAACGCCGCCGCCACAUCACCAUCGCCAUCGACACUCUCGUCCGCGUCAUCAUCGUCGCUGUCCACGACCAGCUCUCCGCUAAAUGUGUCCGCCGGAUCGCCAAGCGGAACAUCCGGCAUCGGAACGGCUUCCUCGCUGGGCUCGGCAUCGCAGAAUUCUUCCAUCAGUCAGAACUGCCAUACCGUCGAUGCCAGUAGUAAUGAUCCGUUCAUCAACUACCGGGAUGAGAUCUGCGAGAACAGUCACUCGCCGCAUUUACUGUCGCCCGGUCUGUCGAAGAGCCCCGAGGGAAGCAGUAUACCGUCCCUGUGCAGUCCGAACGGAUCCGGCUGCCCAGAAGAUGAGCUUGCAUUUAUGACACUUAACAUGGACGAUGAUUUAGACCUGUCGAUGCGGGCUCCGUACAUAUCGAUGAGCGAAGUAGACGACCUUCCGCUUCUGACGUCGGACGAUUUGAUGUGGGGCUCGACCACAUCAUCAGUCAACAGAGGAAUCGAUACCGGUAAAUAUCUGUUCAAACAGGAACUCACUACUGGCUUGCUGCAGCAACAGGAAAAUGCCACAGUCGGAAAAUCCGUCGGUACAGUCAAUCGAACGCAUCUGGGCACCAAUAGCGGCAGCUCCAAUAGUCUCAACAACAAUAACGAAAACAACUGCAAUAUCGGGAACAAAAUCAUUGACUCCAGUCUGGCCGCAUUACUGUGCGGUAAUGUUAUCAACAUACAACCGGUAACGAUCCAGCCGAAUAACAAUGCGCAGAUAUCAAUACAAGGGCAACAGCAACAGACGCAGAGCAUGCCGGUGGAAGUGCCGACACAGCAACGGGAAACAGUCGGCGAGAAAAAGAUCAAGCUCAUUGAGUCGAAUAUGGUGCAUCCAAUGGUAGUGAUCGGACCAGGAUUUAAAUCCAGUAACACCAUCGAAACCUGGACCAUGAACGAUCUGCUACAGCUGAAUGGAGCCAACAGAAAUGGUCUGACGGGAACAUUGAUACCGGCCAACAAUCCGAACGUGAUCGCAUCUAUGGUAUCGAAGAAAAACUCCACCAACAGCAAUAAUACCUCAACCACGAACAAACGUUCGCUGGCAUCCUCGGAAAGUGGCACCGACAACACGAGCAAACGUGUCAAAUCAAUCACCUCAGUCUCUACCAUUCAGCAGCAAUCUCCGACAUCCUCACCGCAGCUUCUGCAACAGUUGAUGGCCCCGUCACCGGUUCCAGCCAAAUCAAAGUCAAAGUCGAAAGCCGGAGCCGACCAAACCGAGCACCGGUGGCCCACCGGCAAACUAAGCGGCCUCCAGGAGCAGUCGUCCAAUUCGGUUCUGAUGAACCUACUCGUCAGUGGAUGUGACAACGACAUCCCCGCAUCACCACCGGAGAUUCUUAUUGCCGAAGACGAAUCCAGCCAACAAUCGAUGCCGCCAGGCGACAGUCAGCUAACCGACGACGAGGAAGAUUGCAUCCCGAUACUGGCCAAUCCAAUGAUGGGCAUGACCACUCCGUUGACCAUCCAAACCGACGAGGGCCGGAUGUCUUUCAAGCGGAACGGUGGUUGUCUGGAUGCUGACGACGAUUUCAUGAUGACGGUUUCGCCGAACCUGCUGACACCGUCCGAUUUGGAACUAUGGCGUGCCAUUCAGCUGCAGGGCUUAGAUCCCAAGAAGAUAUCGGCAAACUAUGGCCUCUCACCGAGCUGCAGUGUAGUGUCAAGAAUGCCGAAAUCGAUGGCUACCACACCGACGGCUCAACUAGGCAUGCUGCACGAUGAAGAUGACGCCGGCAAUUUGCUGACCGUGCUCGAUCCGGCCAUGGCCAUCAGUAGAUUGCGCACCGAGCUGGAGGACGAGGAGCACGACUUCGAGAUGACCAUACCGGUGAACGAGAUACUGCAAAGUAAUCUCAUAUGAUUGUGCGAGAAACUUUAAGUUUUUUUUAUUACUACGGAAAAGAUCAUUUCAGUAAUUCUUAGAUAACCCAUAAAUGUUUGACCUAGUUUGUACUAAGUUUCUCGAAAGCAGAAAAUGGACGAUUUGUCACAACACAGGAAAUUUGUUUCGAUACUCCAAUCAAUGAAUUUAAUUUUUAAUCAAUUGACUAAAAGCGGCAAGAGAACAAUAAAUUCAUCAACAGUUUUGUCACAUUCGUAGUCUCCGGAAUCACUUGUUUUAUUUAAAAAAAAACGGGUUCCUUGCGCGCCAUUUUCUUAUACGCAUUUCAAUUUCAAAUAACAAAUAGUCUAAGUGAAGUCAAGCCGAACUAAGUGACAUUUGGUUAUAUUAAAAAAAUACUAAUUUGACGUGUGAAUCCACGCAUGAUUUUGAAAAUGAUCAUUAGGUAAUAUUUGUAAAAUGGUAGAAAGUAGCUGACGGAAUUACUGAUUUAAUGUUAUCAUUUCAUUUGCCACUUAGUACUGCCUGACUUAACGUCGACUCCUUGUUCUCAUAAAUUUUCCAGAUAAAUGUUAAAACUUAAAGAAACUAAUCCCAAAUCAACCGAUAAUGCUCAGAGGAUACACAACAAGUAAUUUUUUGUUUAAAUAAAGUAACAAUACAAGCGUUAGCGUGAUAGUAACAGAAAAAAAACAAAAAGCAGAUGAAGUUGGUCAAAGUGGUGUCUUUUAGAUAUUAAGCGAGAUUGUUGAAGCAUUAUAUUUUUCUCUAGUUUUAUUUGUGUUGUUGAUGGUACUAGCCAUAAUUAGAUCGUAGUCAAGUUCACGUGUUCAGUUUCACUAUAUUUGGAAGUUUGAUUCUUUUUUCUCUGGGUGACGGUAAGUUAGGAUUAACAGUUCGUUCGUCACAAUCAUUCAACGAAAGUACAAGGAUAUUUGAAAGUAUAGCACACCGAAUGGGAGCAAAAUCCAGCUCUUCCAGCUGAUCAGUGCUAAAAAGACAGAUACUGGUAGUAUUUCUAUACUGGUACAUUUUUUUAAAUAAAUCGAAACAAAUAAUCUCACUCGAUGUAUGAAGUAAACUUUUUAUCAUUCAUAUAAGGCACAGCAGUGCUACAAAAAUGAAGAAAAAAAAACACCCGAAUCGUCUGUGUAUAAACUAAUACAUCAAAUAUACAUUUUUUGAUUGCUGGAAUGAAAUCUUUACCGAAUAUUUUUAUUUCAUAUUGAUCAAACAGGCAAAUACAGCGUACAGCAAGCGGAAAAUGUUUCAUGCACUAGUUACCAAUGAUUUGAAAUGAAAAUUUGAAACUUGUAGACGCCCGGAUUAUUUGGAAAAACUAGCAGUAAAAAGAUAUUGCAAAAACUUUGUCCACCAGUUAUUUGAUCCAUAAUUAUUUAAACUGAUAGUUUGAAUACAAAACCAUUCAAGCAAUAUCCGCGCAAACAUGUUCUAAGAUGCAAAUGAGUAAUUAUAAUAAACUUUAAAACAUAUGUUAAACGGGUUGCAUUUUUUUCUUAAAAUUUUUAGAAUAAAAAAGCAUUUUGAUUAUUACAAAUUCAGUUGAUGGAAUUCAUGCUAAUUAUCAUAACAAGCACCUUUUAUUGAUAUGGAAAACUCACACAACAGUUAUAACCGUUUUUCCUGUUUCUUGAGUAAAAUAGGGUACAAAUCAAGCAAAAUUUUACUCCCAUAUAUUUGUAAAACUGUAGUGCUUUACAUGUAAACCGUAAAUUUAAUGGUAAUACAAAGAAUUUAUAACCAUAUUAGUUGUAUAGUA